GGUAGAGUUAGAGGUGGACAACACACACACACACACACACACGCAGUGUACAGCAGUUGCGCUGGAGCUGCUGUGACAUCAGUCAGCAUGAGAGGAGCUAAGUUUCCGGGCUGAUCUGGGCUGUCGCAUUCACAGACUGGACGUGAAGCCCCGGGACGUCGAGGAGUCGCGGGGGACACUGGACAGAAACAGCCGCUCUGACACGCGCGGUGCUCGGAUACUCAGCAGCAGCAGUAGCGGCGGCGGCGCCAGGAGGACCAGGGCGAGUGUGUGAGGCGAGGCGGCGGGACCCGCUGCUAGCGAAACAUGAACAAGAACCACCGAGUGCCGAGCAGCCGUUCACUCAGUGCCGUGGAGGUGAAGAGCAAGUUUGGUGCAGAGUUUCGUCGGUUCUCUCUGGAUCGGUCCAAGCCGGGCCGAUUUGAUGAGUUCUAUGGCCUCCUGCAGCACGUACACCGCAUCCCCAAUGUGGACUUGUUGGUGGGCUACGCUGAUGUGCACGGCGACCUGCUGCCCAUCAACAACGAUGACAACUACCACAAGGCCAUCUCCACUGCCAGCCCUCUGCUCAGGCUGUUCCUGCAGAGGAAAGAGGAAGCUGAUUACACAACCUUUGGUACCAACUCGCUGACCAGGAAGAAAAACACUGUGCUUUCUGCGGUUCUUCUACGGCCUGACACCAACAGGAAAAAACCACCUGUCAUCAUCAGCCUCCCUAAGGACUUUCGCCCCGUGUCCUCCAUCAUCGAUGUGGACAUCCUCCCUGAGACGCACCGACGUGUACGCCUCUACAAGCAUGGCCAGGAAAAACCAUUGGGCUUCUACAUCCGUGAUGGUUCCAGCGUACGGGUCACUCCACAGGGCCUGGAGAAGGUGCCGGGGAUAUUCAUCUCUCGCAUGGUGCCUGGUGGGCUGGCGGAGAGCACCGGCCUGCUAGCAGUCAACGAUGAGGUGCUGGAAGUGAACGGUAUUGAGGUGGCGGGGAAGUCUCUGGACCAGGUGACGGACAUGAUGAUUGCCAACAGCCACAACCUCAUCAUCACCGUGAAGCCUGCUAACCAGCGGAACAAUGUUGUUCGCAGUGGAGGAGGAGGCGCCACGUCUGGUAGCUCAGGACGCUCAUCAGACAGCGGGGCCAGUUACUAUGGCUACUCAUCACACGGCGGUGCUGCGGCCUCCAUGCCCUCACACAUCAUCCAGAACUUCCCUGUCGGGGAGCUGGAGAGCGACGAGGACGACGAGGACCUGGUGAUCGAGGCGGGAGGCGAGGCCGAGCCAAUCAGACGCUCCCCUUCCAACUACAGCAUGCCCUCGCUGCCUCGGUAUGAGCCGCACCUCAACCUCCGCACUACCACCAACUCCGCUUCUGCUCAUUCCAUCAAUGCCAAUGGGACCCUGCCAGCCAGCGGCAGCAGUGGAUCACUUAGCUACGCCAACGCCACUUCGACCACGCCAUCCCCAGACAGAGCAAUGGAGAGGCGGAGCUUGGAGGAAGAUGGCACUGUUAUAACUCUGUAGACAUUCACACACUAAACACUGGAAACAAACACAAAUACUUCCACACACAUUUGGGGGAGUCAUGGACCGGCAGUUCAGACACAGGUUCCAUCGUACAGUGACUGUAUCUGAGAAGCACAAUGAUGUGAAUUGUUUUGACAUCCCAGCAUGUACACAACAAACACUGCACCCUAUACCUUGCACUUCUACAUGCCAAUAAUCACGCAUGUGUGCCAGAGUGGUGACCGGCCCCCAUCCCAAGUUCUUCAGGCACAAAAUUGUCUCAGACAGAAGUGAAAGAAAAAGUGUAGUUUGGUUCUCCACUACCCUCCACUUUAUUUUUUUAACCACUAGAAGCACUUGUUUUUAACCCAAUACUGUAUUUCUGCUGAAUUUCCACUAGAGGGCAGAGAUGAGACAUUGUCAUCAAACCAUUUAUAGACAAUCUGGUACUGUUUUGUUUUUUUGCCUUGUCUCCCCACACCUCCACCACUGUACUACGUCCCCCAGGUGACCACAGCACCCACAUUGCUCAACAGCUGUGGUACUUUCAACAGAAUUCUAUUCUACUACAACAAUUGACCAGUAGCUGAGACCUGCAAUAAAACUUUUUAGUUUUUGUUAGAGGGCGAACGACCUACAAACAAAAACAAGUCUGGGCUCUUUGUGUUGGUUCAGAUGCUUUUUUUAAAAACACAAUUUUUAGCUGUUUUUCCUCUUUAUCUGCUGUGUUAAUGACUGAAAGGUUGAUUUUUAAUAAUAAUUAUUCUUCCCAUAAACAUUAGGCCUGUAUCUUUAUAUGAUUUGCAUUUUGUUUAUGUAAUUUUUUUUGAAUACAUGAUAGGGCUGUCACUUUUUCUAAAAAUCAAGUCGAACCAAUACGAUAUGACCCCCCCGCACAAGUCAGAUGAGGACGAACACUUCACAUGGUGUGGUGUCUCCUCCGCUGCCUCACUCGGGUGGAGAGCAAACAGGUGGGUCAACAGAUUGCGUGGUACAAAGUUUACAAACAGCCUCUCCUCUGUUCAUUACUUUGCCGUGAUGCAGAACCUAAAAUACUUUCACAAGCAGCUUCUCAGAUGCUUUGGUGUCGUGAGUGUCCACUCAAGACGGCUUUACUUGCUAGCGUUCCUCCAUUUUUGUAGCAAAACAACGCAAUCGUCUGAUGCGCUUCUAGACUGAAUGAUUUGAAAUGUCAUUAAAGGUCAAAUAUUAACUUCUCUUCCGCGUUGGAAUUUAAGUUUUGAUUUUGAAUAUAAAGUGACAGCCCUAACAUAUUAUUGUAUCUCACAGGUUACGACAUAGACCAUAUUCCAUCUGUUUCACGUCACUCACGUAAAAUUGCUUCUCCCUGGGAAUGGGACAUGUUAGAAGUAAUAUCCUUAAUCUUGCACUCCCUCUCCUUUCCAUGACAAGGGCUAUUUCCCCUGCUGCAUGUCUACAAAUGAGAAAAUGUGAAUGUGAUUUAAAUUUGUUUCUGUUUGUUUGUUUGUUCUCUCCCCCUCGGUUCUGUCUGGGCCACAACACGAUAUAUCUUAUCUCAGUGCUGUACAGUAUAUUCAUCUCUGUCUAUCCACAGGCCCUGAGUUCACUUGGAUGUGUCCUGAGUCAUUCACAUAUGAAAAGUGAUCUCUCCAGUGUUUCUGCACCGUUUCCUUUGUGUAUCAUCGUUCUCAUUGAACUCAAUUAACGUCACUCUAUGAGCGAAUGUUUGAUGUUGACUCUGGGCCUAAAUUUCACAUCGAUAGUUGGGCUGUAACACUUUUAACAAACACAACCACAGAAAUGAGUUGAAGGGACUGGUACACACACACACAGUGACAGUAGAGAAACUGCCUGUAUCUCAAAGUAAAGCCCGGUUGAGUCACAUUGAAACAAACACACAUGCAGGUACACUGGGCACAGACUGAUUCACUUUCUUUGUUUGUCGAAGGUGAGGCUGGUCUGCUGAAAGUACUGCAUGUCUUUUUAAUGCAAUACUGUUUUCAUAAACCUUUCUCAAACACCAUGUUUGAAAAUCCCUGUGACCUUCAAGGCAAAUUUCAGAUUUUGGGAGCUGUAGAAAUUUGAUUGACUUGACUCCAUUUGCAGAAUUUUAGGUCGCAGAGUUGAUCUGAAUCCACCAACAAACUUUCACAUGGCAUUAAAUUGUAUGUGAGGGAUUUAUUGGUCCUUGAAUCCAAAUUAAUUUGCUGCUGACAUUACUUCUUGUUUGAGAAGCGGCUCCACAACACUUCAUAUUCAUUACCGUUGCAUACGGCUGUUCACUGCCUCUCUGAAGUCAAAGCAGAUGGUCUUUUUAUUAGCAUUUGCUGUCCUGUAAUAGGUGAUAUCUUUAACAUUAUUGCUCAUUAAAACAUUGUUGACGCCCAACAUUAGCCAUUUUCAGACAACUCUGGAGAAUGUCUGCACAGCAGGGUCCGGAGUUUCUCUGCAGUUUGCCUUUCACACAUGGAGAAUGGCGCAGUAGUUUCUCUGCUCAGACGCGUUCACAACAACACAGGAAUCUCCGGAGCGUUCAGGUGAUGAGUGAUGCUGAGGCAGGAUGUAACGUUUGCUGCAGCGAUCACGUGCUUUGUUUACAGCACAUCAACACCGACGUUGUCUUAUCACCAAAAGCUCUCAUGACAUCUCUGUCGGUGUCUUCUACAUGAAUGGCACUUAUGCAAAAAUACAAUGUUGUGAAACCGUCAUCAAACACCUACUCAAUUGUGGUGAAUCCUGCGGACGAUAUCCUGCUGUUUUCUCACAUGGGUUCAAUCGGACACUAUGCAGACCUUUUACUCGGGGGGGCUGGCUGGAUGGAUAAAGUCCGGAGCCUGUCACUUGCACAUUUGUGUUCUCACCUACAGCCCCUCCGGAGAAUGACAGGAGAUUAUCUGGAGUUCGGUGAAUGUCUGAAAAUCGGCAAUGUCUCUGUCCGUAAGGUCUAUUGGUUUCAUCUGAGCCAAUACUCACUUGUAAUAACCAUAUAGUCAAUACCACACCAUUUCUCAUUUUUAUUUUCUGGUUAUUAUUCAAAUCACUGAGCCUCUCACAGUAAAUAUAUAUAUGUAUAUGACUGGAAACCAACACACAGGACAUGUAUGUGCAUCCGCCAUUGUAUUUCACGCUAUAUGUACAAGGUACUGUUUUUUUGGCCUUUUUUUAUAGUCGCGCUGGUGAUGGUUAGGUUCUGGCUUCUUUCACUCCCGACAUCAAGCACAGUGAUGAAUGGUACUCUUGAAAGGAAGGUUUUUUAAAAAUCAAUGUUAAUUUAUUUUCUUUAUCUCUUUACCACAGGACACUGGGAUUGUAACCAUGGCGGCAUUUGUUAUUUAUUCUCUAAUCAUGUGUUUUGCAUAUCCUCUGUUCACAUUGUACGACUUUAUUUUAUAUAUUGAUUGUUUUGGUUGUACAUCUCAUGGUACAGUAGAUGAUAUUGCCCAUUAGGAGACGAUUUUAAUCGCUGAUUUCCCUGUUCCUCCUGAAGCAAGAGGAGAAUCCGUGCAAGACAUGACACUAUUAUUUUUAUUUUUCCAAACUGUGAAUUAUCAUUAUUAUUUUGUGGGAGAAAAGAAACCGUUGUGUCGGUACAAUUUUAAAAGAGGCGACUUGUUCUUUGCUUUUGAGUCUUUACUUUUUUUUUAAGUGAUUGAGCAAUGAUUUUUUCUUUGCUAGCCAGAUAAAUCCUAUGGUAUAGAUUUAUAAUGAAGAUUGUCAGUAUUUUCAUAUCGAUGCUAUAUAUGAUGAUGAUGUACAUUUUUAUCACGUUUAAUGAAAACUGUUUUAAGAUUCAACUGGAGACUAAUGAUUAAAUAGAUGUACACCUGUAAUUUCUGAUUUAAGGAGCUGGAUAAAAUAAAGUCGUGUAGCAACCCUCA